AUGGAAGAUCUGCAGGGCAGCUGCCUCUACGUUUCCGAUGAGGAGUUGGAUGAAGAUGCCUGUCGAGAACUCUUUCCGGCUACGCAACGUCAGCUAAGCUUCGGAAUUACUUCGGAGGAUGGACAAAGGGCGCUUGAAAACGGGGAGCCGGGGAUGAUGGCAGCCACACAGGCCGAAUCACAGGAAGCAGAAUCCCACGAGCAGCCCUCCUCCCAACGUAUGUUCGCAACGAUUCAGGUUACAUCCCAAGAGUCGGAGCUUGCAGCAGAGCAACCCACACCGCCCACACCGCAGACCCCGACUCCGCCGCCGCAGCAGCAGCCACCCCAAGCCGGGCACCCGACACCCAGUGCAGCCAUGCAUGCACUUCCAGCAACGCCACCUGCAGUCACGAUCCAGCAGCAGCAUCCCGCAACGCACGCAGGACCACAGAUGCUCACGAUGCCACCCGAUGCCACACAGAAGAAGCAGCAGCAGCCGGACGCAGUGCAGGCAGCCAAGGCCCCAGCAGGGACACUGUUAGCAACAGGGUCACCGAAGCAGACCGAAGCAGAACAGCACCUCGAGGAAGAACGAUUGUUGCAGCAGGGUGAAUUUGAGAAAGCCGAGAAGCUAAUCUACGACAGGGUGCGAAAAAAGGCGGAAGCAGCAGAGCUUGCAGCAGAGCUUGCAGCAGAGCUUGCAGCAAAACAGGCGACCGCCAGUGCAGCUCAGGCCAAGCAGCAGCAACUUGCAGCAAUGCCGCCCGCCAAGCCCUCGAUGCAACAGCAACAUCCCGCAACGCAGGCAGGACCACAGAUGCUCACGACCGGGCCCCAAUCAGCAAUGCAUCUUGCACCCGAUGCCACGCAACAGCAGCAGCCGGUCGCAGAACAGGCAGGACAGGGCCAGGCGACAACCAGUGCAACACAGGCCAAGCAGCAGCCACCUGCAGCAGCAAUGCCACCGACCGCAGCCACGAUCCAACAGCAGCAUCCCGCAAUGCAUGCAGCUCAGGUUCUAGCAGUGCCGCCCAAAGCCACGAUCCAACAGCAGCAUCCUGCAGUGCAUGCACCACAGGUUCCAGCAGUGCCGCCGAAAGCCACUUACCAGCAGCAGCAUCCCGCAGUGCAUGCACCGCAGGCCACAGCAGCGAUACCCAAAGGCCCGAUCCAGCUGCAGCCGGCCAUUCAUGUACCACAGGUUCCAGCAGUGCAGCCUUGCAAUGCCAGGAUGCAGCAGCAGCCUCCCGCAGUGCAUGCACCACAGGUUCCAGCAGUGCAGCCCACGGCCACGAUCCAGCAGCAGCAUUCCGCAGUGCAGCUCCAUGCCGGUGACAGGCAGCAGCAGGUUUUCACAAAGCAGCAUGAAGUGCACCCGCCAGCACAGCAGCAUCAGCAGCCAGUUGCAAUGCAUCUACCGGCACAGCAGCAUCCAUUGCAGCAAGAUACCCAGCAGCAUGCAAUGCAUCCACCAGUACAGGGAGUUCCGAAGCAGCAUGCAAUGCAUCUGCCACCGCAGCAGCAACAGGGAGUUCCGCAGCAGCAUGCAACGCAUCCACCACUACAGGGAGCUCCGCAGCAGCAUACAAUGCAUCCGCCACAGCAGCCACUACAGGGAGUUCCGCAGCAGCAGACAAUGCAUCCGCCGCAGCAGCAGCAGCAAGAGGGAGUUCCGCAGCAGCAUGCAAUGCAUCCGCCGCCACAGCAUGCUAAGGCAAGUCAGCAGCGGCAUCAGCCAGCUACGCAGCCAAAGCAGGAGCAAGCGCCAACGGCAUCGGCCAUUGAUCGCAGAAUGCGCCGCAUCAUGGCCCCGACGCCAACGGGCACGUUCAAGGUGAGCGAGUCCAUCCGCAACAUGUGGAACGAUCUGGGAACCCGUCCGAAGGUGCUGAAACUCUUUGAGUCAUGCGACUACUGCCCAGAUGCCUUCAUGAAGCGCUUCUCCGUCUCCAGCACGAAGGAGAAGGAGGAAGAGGUCAACAUUCCUUUUGAGUUUGUCUCUGAGGAAGAGAUGGCCAAUGACUACAACAUGUGCGAGGAAGACAUUUUGGAUGUCGUGACGAAAGCCCGGAAAGAUCCCGCGAAGUACGUACGGUGGCACACCUUCAGAAAGGGAGUUGAAACUUUCUACAUGGAGCUGAAGGUUAAGGGGCACAAGAAGCAAUCUGCGAAAACUACUUUCAAGGAGGAGCAGGAGUUCGACCUACCGACGGAUGAGCUGAACCUCGAGAUGCCCUCGGGGUCUGUGCUCACAAGGGCUGCAGACCCCAGCCUUGACGCUGGCAAUGCUGCCAAACGCGCCAAAAAGAUGGAGGACCCCGAGACCAAGCAGGCCAUGGAAAAGGAAGCCUUCAAAAUCCUGAAGAAGAUGGCCUUCCCCAACACGGAGAAGACGGAAGCCGGCGGGCAGCACCUGAACAAGAUCAUGAGUUGUGUCAGCCUUCGGCUGCUGAUUGUGGAUGGGACAAGAAGCCUGCUGCAGGAUCACAUACAGAAGAAGCAGGCUCAGCUUCAGCAAGACCCGGGUGCAGCGACAACAAAGGGGGGUACUUUGAAGACAAUGGAGAGGCAGCUCGAGGCAGAGGAGAAACCGGCACCCAAGGCGAAGGCGAAGGGCAAGAGAACGCCGGUUCUGGCUGGUGGCUCCACAAAGAAGCCCAGGACAAAGUAG